AUGCCUCGCGAAGCCGAACCUUCACUUUCUGAGAGGACUUUUCUUACUCAGGCUCUGGAUAAGAAUCUGCGGUUGGACGGGCGCAAAUUCGACGAGUUCCGACCUCUUGAACUCACUUUUGGAGAUGAAUAUGGAGUGGUAGAGGUUAAGUACGGAAAAACAAGAGUACUUGCCAAGGUCUCAGCAGAGGUUACAGUGCCAUACUCAGACCGUCCCUUUGACGGAGUUUUCACAAUCACAUCAGAACUCAGUCCCAUGGUCGCCCCUUCAUAUGAGGUCAACCGUCCCUCACUCGAGGAAGUUCUACUCUCAAGGCAGCUAGAGAAGACAGUUAGGAGAUCUGGAGCGUUGGAUACCGAGUCACUAUGUCUCAUCGCCGGCCAAAAGUGUUGGUCGAUCCGGGUCGACCUUCACGUCCUUACCCACGAUGGAAACCUCACAGACGCUGCCUGCUUAGCCGUGGUAGCAGCCCUUCGACACUUCCGCAAGCCUGACUCUAGCAUCGAGGGAGAAAAUCUCACUAUCUACACGCCCGCUGAGAGAGAGCCUGUUCCCCUGAGCUGGCUGCACUCGCCCUUCUGUGUCACCUUCAGCUUCUUUGGUGAGGAUGGAAGUCAGGUUCUCGUCGACGCCAACUGGCUCGAGGAGCAGCUACGGGUCUCACACUGCACGUACAGUCUUAACAAGCACGGCGAGAUUUGCCAGAUCGCCAAACUCGGAGGAACCUCACUGGACGCACCGCUCUUCAUCCAGUGUGCUCAGGGAGCGCUCAACCGGUCGAAGGACUUGUCAGACCUGGUGGAUCGCAAGCUUGCCGAGGAUGCGAAACGAAGGGACAAGGGAGGACUCAUGGCAGAGCUCACGGCCGAGAACGAUAGGUGA